AAGUAGCUUGUAUCAAUCUGAGUUCGACUAGGUCACACUUGUUACUUUCUGUUGAUUGUAUUAUCAGGAUGGCAGUCACCGCUCGUAACAACGGCUUCCGCAAGGUUGCCAAGUGGAUUGUUGGUGCCGUGGUUGUGGCAAGUGCUAGCCAUGGUAUUGUCAUGGCCCAAGAGGAGACACCAAAAAUAGCUGAAGUGCCAGAACAGAAGGAGACCAAGACGGAAGUAACUGAGGUGCCAGAAGAGAAGGAUAGUAACGCUGCAAAAGGUAAACAAAAGAAAAGGCAUGAGCCCAUUUUUGCUGGUGAAGUACAACUGCAACGCAUUAAAGAUGAAAUGGAAAGGGAAGAACCCGUUUAUGAUCCGGAUGAUGUCGCUGUUGUCACGUCAACUGGUAUAACGUAUAAAAAUCAAGAUAUCGAUGAUUUAAUUGAUAAGAAGGUUUAUAUUUCCGCUUUGACAAGAUGGUUCCAUCCCAAAUCCGUUCCACAUAUUGAAAAAUGUGAGCUGAACCGCAGAAGGAAGGAGAUGAGGCUAGCCAUUAGAGAGUUGGACGAGUUACUGAAUCAACUUCCUGAAGAAGUUGCCAAAGUUGCCAAAGAUUAUCCAACUAUAUACCAUAUGCCAUCUAAAUUGGCUGCUCAGAUACAGAAGUAUCUUGAGAAGAAAGAUUAACAUGACAUGGUGAAAAGGCUUCCAUAA